GAGAACAAGUUUUAUUACGGGAAAGCGCCCAUGAAAAUGUACAUGGAGAUAAGUUCAGAGAAAAAUGGUCGGGACCCUAUCUUAUUCACCAAGUAUGGAAAAGUGGAAGUUACAAAUUACGUGAAAUGGAGUCACAAAGGAUUCUGAGAACACCAAUCAAUGGAGAUAGAUUAAAGAAAUACUGGGCCAGACCGGCCUGGGUACCAGAAGUUUUGAUUGAAUAA